AUGUACGGCCACACCCCGCUGUUCCCAACAGUUUGGGCUCCAGCCAGGGGUUCUCCUGAAGGUACACAGGACAAGCACGUUGGUCAGGGCGUGUCACUGUACAUCCCCCAGUCUGCCAUCAAUGCCACGGUGAAAGAAAACAUCCUGCUCUCAGUGGAAUACUCCUGCCAUGGCAUUCCCACCAUCGAAUGGAAGUACACAUCCAACUGGGGAGUGCAGAAGAUUGUAGAGUGGAAACCAGGGACUCAGGCCAACAUCUCCCAGAGCCACAAGGACAGAGUCUGUACCUUUGACAAUGGCUCCAUCCAGCUCUUCAGUGUGGGCGUGAGGGAUUCCGGCUACUAUGUCAUCACGGUGACAGAGCAACUGGGGAGUAGCCAGUUUGGCACCAUCGUGCUGCAUGUAUCAGAGAUCCUCUAUGAAGACCUCCACUUCGUCGCUGUCUUCCUUGUUCUUCUUGCUGCUGUGGCCACAGUGUUAAUCAGCCUCAUGUGGGUUUGUAAUAAGUGUGCAUAUAAAUUCCAAAGGAAGAGAAGACACAAGCUGAAAGAGAGCACGACUGAGGAAAUUGAGCUGCAAGAUAUUGAGUGUUAGCCAAGGCUGAGCCCAAUUACAUUCCUACCUCAAGAGGAAAAUAUUAUUUUCCAAUGAAAGGAGUAAAUACACCAAUCCACCCUAAGAGCCUCCUGUUGUCCUGCCAUAGCCACCCAUUCCCGGUGGGACCGCCAGAUGAUAACAAAAGUGACUGCAUGUGGUUGAAAGCUCUGGAUUGGACAAAGUCAAGUCUUGUACUUGCAUGAACUUCAAGAAGAAGAGUGCUUGAGGCUUUGAGCCAGAGAUUUGCUUGGCUGCAGUGUCAGAGCCAUGCUAACCCAUAACCAGUGGCAUAGGGCUCGGGCCCAGGGGAUGGCCUUUGGGGGAAUCCCAUAUCAGAGGCCAGAGUAUCUCCAGAUUGAGUGUGCAGCUCACCAUGUGCCUGUCUGCACUGCCUGUGCCCUCCAACCACCUGCUGUGGGAACUGUUGUGAGAAAACAUGAGGCUUUUAGACAAUCUGCCCAAGAAGCAGAGAUAGGAAGAGUUGGGGUGCUGCUGUGCUAUAGUGAGUAGCUUAGAGCAAGGCGAGGACCCCUUAUGGCCUGGAACUUUAGGGAGAAGAGCUUAAUGCAGCGGUUCUCAACCUUCCUAAUGCCAUGACCCCUUAAUACAGUUCCUCAUGUUGUGGUGACCCCC